AAUUUGUAAAGUGUUAAUAUUAAAAUAGAAAAUUUUUAUUAAAGAGAACAAUUUAGUAAAAUUGAAAUGGAAACUAUAACUUUGAAUGCCACAGAAAAUCCAAGUCGCAACCCGCAACUCCACGUAGCAGCAGCAGCUGGUUUAGACACUGAUCAUCAUCAUUCACCGGUAGAUGAAGAGCAAAUGUUAAAUCUCAGUGAUAUAACCGAUUUGACGCAAGACGAUAUUGUACAGGUUCCCAAAGAGAUGGUACUGAUUUCGCUUGUAUCGCAAGAGCAGGCCCUUUACAAUCCUAAACAUGAAAAUUAUCGCAAUACUCACCGCAAGGAUGUUAAAUGGUUGGAAAUCGCUGAAUGUGUAGGAUGGACAGAAAUGCAGUGCAAGGCUAAAUGGAAAGCCAUGCGCGAUCAAUACUGCAGAGAACUAAAACGUUCUAAGUUUAAUGUAAAGGCGAACGUUAAGUGGAAAUAUUUUAAAGAAUUGGAUUUUCUGCGACCAUACGCUUUAGCGAGAAAUUACCGGCCCAGAAAUCCUUCGAACAAUCCACCUAGUAGUAAUACGUCGUACAAUUGCUCUCCUACUACUAACAACAAUAAUAAUUUAACCUCUAACGAAAACAACAGCACAAAAUUCACAACCACCAUAAAAAUCGAAAGUAAUGCUCAGGCAUUUGGUAGCUGUGAGUUUGUUCCUACCAAAACUGAUGAUUCUACAACCCUGACAGAGGAGCAGUUAAACAGCGUUUUACAGCAACAAAAUCAGCAAACAGAUGACAAUAAUUGGUCCUAUUUAACUGGUUCGACAAGCUCUUCUAACACUGCUACGCGUUUGGACAAUCAUUCUCUGAACGAUAACCAUAUGCUACAAACUCAUAGCCAACAGCAAACAGAUGAGGCCUUAUAUAACGCUCUGGUGGAUUGUGUCGGACAAAUACAUCAACAACAAAUGUGUCAGCAGCAACCAACCAUUAACCAGCAAUCACCUGACGAAGAGGAUGAUGAUCCUAUACAUACUUUUCUUAAUAUUGAAAGUUAUUUUGAAAAAGAACUCAUUUCAUUAAUACAUUAUGAAGAUGUAUUAUAUAACAGCUACAAUCCGAACUAUCGUAACGUUAAAUUGAAACUUGAGGUUUGGGACGUAAUUGCUCGCAAGUUGAAGAAGUCCGUGAAGCAAUGCCGUCUUAAAUGGAAAGCUUUAAGGGAUCAGUUUAUUCGGGAACAUAAGCGUUUAAAAAAUCGGGAAAAUAUCGAAUCUUUACCACGGUGGAAGCACUAUGACGCGUUAAGUUUUUUGCAGAAAUAUAUAAAACAUAAAACAAAUGAUUUCGGGAACAAGUCAUUAACGCAAAUACCAAAAACUGAAAUUGAUCCCGAAAUGGACGUUGAGGACGAUCACAUAAAUAUGGGAGAAGAUAACUCGCCGCUACGUUCACCUUUGGCCACCAUUAAGUGUGAACUGCCGCAAUUGCAAGGGCAUAACUCAUCCUCACAGCAAUUACAAAUGGGAAGCCUUAACGCAGGACCAGUGCAGCACCAACAGCAUUCUAAUCAGUCUGAUAACUUAUGUGUGAGUGCAGGUGGCUAUGACGAUAUGGAUAUUGAUGAUUAUAUUAUUGGUGAUAGUAGCAGUGUGGUAGAUGACAGCCAUCACGAUAAGGGAAAUAACGGUGCAAAUUUAGAACAAAAUACACACUCUGAGAAACAUAAAUUUCAAUCCGAUUUUGGAUUAUAUGGCAGCCAUGGUAAUCAGAGAGGAACAACUGCAACAACAGCAACGACAACAGAAACAAGCUCUAAGCAACAGCAACAGCAGUCACAACAAGACUUACAGCCACAACAGCAUAUCAAUAUGCCUUCUUUAGAUUUGAAUGAUAGCUCAGCAUCUUCGAUGAUCGGUGUUAAACCGAUAAAAUCACAUAACUCCAUUGCAAGCAAUAAUAGUAAUAAUAACAAUACAACCACAUCAUUUAAUGGUGCUUUAAGCAAUCAUGUAGCAAGCGCUAUAACAAAUGGCAAUAAUUUGACCUUAAACGCUGCUACAAACAUUUGUCCCACAGCACAAGCCAUCACUGUAAAUAAUCAGCCAAAUACGACGGAAGCAGGAACCAACACAACACCACCAUCAACGCUAUCACCUUCCAUUUUAGCAAUGAAUCAAUCUACCGCAAACAAUGCUAACAUCACAAAUAGUGGUGAGGAUGAUGAGGUGGGAGCUUUUUUUAAAGCGGUCGCCAUGAAAAUACGCAAUGCCAAAAUGUCACCGGUAGCCUUUACCGAUUUACAAAUCAAUAUUUUGCAUGUCAUUAACGACACUUUACGCAAUCAUUAACCGGAGAAAUUAAAUUACGUUUUUAAUUUUUGCAGCAUCCGCAAAGAUGGGAUCAAUUCACUUUUAAAAAAAUUUUAUUUUUUUUAUUUUUAUUUAUU